AUCUUCACCGCUGAUCGCCGCCGCCGCGUCGCCGGAAGGUUCUCCCUCCCUCUCUCUUUGUCGUGGUUUUUUGCGCCGGUCUGCCUUGUGCUGUCCAGGUCGCUUAUUCGUGUCGGAAAGCUCGAAGUGGACAUCUAAUUGACGCUCGAACUUUGAAGUGAAAGAUGUAUAACGGGAUUGGGUUGCAGACCCCCAGAGGGUCUGGAACGAAUGGAUACAUUCAGACUAACAAGUUCUUCGUGAAGCCGAAGACUGGGAGGGUUGCUGAGAACACUAAGGGGUUCGAGGGUGACCAGGGCACGGCUGGUGUCUCUAGGAAACCCAACAAAGACAUACUUGAGCAUGACCGGAAGCGGCAGAUUGAGCUCAAGCUUGUUGUGCUUGAGGACAAGCUUACCGAUCAAGGGUACACUGAAGCUGAAAUUGCCGAGAAGCUUGCAGAGGCUAGGAGGACUCUUGAAGCGGCUGUUGCUGCUGAGGCUAGUGGAGAACCCGGUGCCAUUGUAGUUGCUGAUACAAAGGUUUCCGAUACCCAAACACACCAAAUUGCUGCUAGAAAGGAGAAGCAAAUGGAAACAUUCAGGGCUGCUCUUGGCAUAGGCCUUACCAAAGAUAACUCAGAAGAGACAGAAGAGGAACCUAAAGGAGCCCAGAAAAGUGGGCAGCAUGAGAGACGGGAACAUAAUUUUUUGGAUAGAGAAUAUAGUAGGACGAAACAGAACAAAGAGAAGUCUAAACGUGAGGAGGAUGAUGAAAGAAAGGGCGCUAAAGAUGUGAAGAGGAGGAAGAAAGAUGGCAAGUUGGAAAAGGAUGAGGAUGAUUCUUCAGACUCGGAGAGCAGUAGGCAGCGAAAAAGGACUGAGAAGAAGCGCCGCAAAGAUUCACAUCGGACUAGUUUCGAGAGUGGUUCUGAUACUGAAAGUGGUGAAUUGAAGCGAAAGAAAUCAAAGAAGCAGAAGAGUAGGAAAAAUGAGUCUGAAGAAUCUGAUUCCGAGUUGGACAGUGAUCCUGCUGGCAAGAACCGUUCUAGAAAGGAGGCCGAUCGGUACAAGAAAUCAAAGCUGCACAGCAAAAGCAGAAAAUAUGAGUCUGAAGAGUCAGAUUCUACCAGUGAUAGUGAUGCCAAAGAGGCUAACAGGUACAAGAAAUCAAAUAGGCAUAGCAAAAACAGAAAAUAUGAGUCCGAAGAAUCUGGCUCUAGCAGCGAUAGUGAUGGUUUUGCCAAAGUGGCUGACAGGUACAAGAAAUCAAAGAAGCGCAGCACAAGUAGAAAGUAUGAGUCUGAAGAACCGGACUCUGCCACAGAUAGUGAUGGUAUUGCCAAGGAGCAAUCUAAAAAAGAGGGCAAUAAGUACCAGAAAUCUCGUCAGCAUUUUGACUUUGAUGAUGAUCACUAUUCCGGUAGAGGCUCACGUGAGCAACAGUCUAAGAAGGAGCAGCAUGCUAGAAGUAGCAGACGGCAUGACUCUGAGGAUGAGUCUGAUGGUGAAAGAGAGAUGGAAGGACAAAAAGACCCUCCCAAGGAACAAAACAGUGAGCGGAGGCGAGUGCUUGACUCUAGAUUAGAUGAUCAACGUAAGAAUUCUGAUGUGAGGCCUGAGAAAAGUAGGAGAUAUGAGAUGGAGAGGGAUUCGAUCGAUAGAUCUGUUAAGCAUGGAAAGGAGGAAGUUGACAGAUCUGUUAAGCACAGAAAGGAGCAAGUCAUGGAAAAGCAACAGAAGAAGCAAGAUUCUGAUUCUGAUUCUGAUUCAGGCAGUGGUAGCGAAGCAUAUAGGCGUCAAGAUAGGUGGCAUGAUUCUUCUGACAGUGACUCUGAUAGCAGUUUCGGUCGUAGAAAGGGUGGGAAGAACACAGGCACAGGGAAAUCAGUUCAAAAGGCACCGACAUCAUCAACCCCCAGCAGUUCUACUGAUGGUUCUCAUGAUACGAGUACUGACAGUAGUUCGCCUGACAGUUCUGAUGGUCAUAAACGCAGCAAAGUUGGGGGAAGUACUAGGUUGGGAUCAGCUGCAGGUGGGACUGAAGAGGGCAGACAAAGAAGCCAUCCUAUAAAGGACAAUGAAUCUGAUGCCCUAAAGAAGUUGGGGGACACAUAUCCAUCCGCUGAUAAGCGCACUCAAAGGAGUGACCUGUCUAGGGAUUAUGAUCGUGAUGGGCAAAGGGAUGAAUACUCACGAUCACGCAGAUUCAGGGGUGGACGGGGCGAUAAUAGUGACCUGAGUGGUGGAAAUCGCAAUAGAGAUGAUGGGCAGAGUGGCAGAUGGGGGGAGGAUAAGGACUAUGAAAGGCGUGGGGGAGAAAGAAGGCAUGGUCUAGAUGAAGAGGCUCGUGAAGGGAGAAGAAGCGGAAGAGAUGAUGAAUAUUAUGCAAGGCAAUCGAGGGAUUAUGAGGACCAGCAGCAUGCCAGUAGAAAGCGGAGUGCAAGGGAGGAAGAGGAUCGCAGAUACGGAGGGCGUGAGUCAGACUCCAGAAUGGACUCACAUAAGAGAUCUCGGUAUGAUGAAUCUGAUAGGUGGGAAGAAAGGAGAUCUGAGCACGAGUUGCGUUAUUCUCGGGACAAGCGUCGAGAUUAGAUAUGAUUCCCUUUUGGAUGUCCGGGGCAGUACCAGUAAGAUGCAAUUGUGUCCAAGGUCAAUGAAUUGUAAGCUUGAAUGGGAUCCGUCUUUCCAGCUCAAGUUAAUUGUAUCCCUCGCUCUGGCAUGAAGGUUGGAGGAGGUGCCAUGGUGGAUUGGAACUUCAUGGAGGCUGCAUAUAGUAUACGCUCAAUCGGAGCUUCUUAGAUUCAGUCGCCUUUCAUUUAGUAUGGGCUCCUUUUUUAUGUUGAUGCUUUUGCGUAUGUUGCUUAAAUACUCGGUUUGUACCCAUUUCCGUUUAGUGUGAUUACUGCUUUGGUAUGGUUACUCGUAACGAUAUACCAUGUUGAGAUCAUUUAGGAUUGGUUGUACGUACUGCUGCGUCGUUGAUUUUGAAUGUCCGAUUGAACCAAAUGACUUUGCAAAAGAAUUUGAUGAUGUUUCUCUUUUGCAA